UUUUCCGAUUCUGUUACGAUUUUUUGUUUUGAUGAUUUACAACCUUUGGCGUAAUCAGUGAAAUUUUACAAUAUUUAAAUCAAAUCAAAUUAUUCACAUCUUUUGGUGUCGUGUUGCUAUUGGAAGUGUGAUUUCGUCGCGACAAGAAGUGUUGUCAUUUCAUACAGUAAACGUGAAUGAAUUUCAGUAAAUUGUGCAAUCUUGAACAACAUUCAAAGAAAUCUAUCAAUAUCAGUUAUAGUAACGUUGAUUUUAUCUUAUCGUUUAACAUUGGCUGCAAAUAUUAUUGUAAAUGCAAACGUUGACUAACUAAAUAUAACAGAUGGAAGGAAAGGCCUGUGUUCAGGAACAAGCAGCAAAUGAGGUGGCUUCUUCGAGUACACAAAUCGAACGGUCGAUUAGCGAGAGUCUAGUGAAAGAGAAUAAACAGAAGCAACUGGAUGAACUUGAAGUCAUUCAAAGUAUAUUUGACGAAUCAUGCCUUACCAUCGACUUGGCGAAUCGAUGCGGUCGUUUUAUUGCAUAUCCAAACAUAUCCGAAUCACCAUAUUACGUUACAUUCAGCAAAGGUGACAAAAGGAAAUUGCCGGAAACAAAUGAAGUGGCUGUCGAGGCAAGCAAUACUUUACAGAAAAUGGAAAUUAAGUAUUUACCUCGCAUUGAGUUCACGUUCACAUUGGACGAAUUCUAUCCCAGUGAAGAUCCACCGGCAUUUCUGAUGUCCUGCCAGUGGUUAUCGUCUGCAGAUAUGAGCAGAAUUUGUGAACAGAUCGACACAUUGUACAGCGAAUGUCGAUCUGAAGUACUGUACUCCUGUUUCACGUUCUUACAAGACGAUGUUCUAACAUUUCUGAAUGCGGAUAAGGAACUUGAUGUCACGCUGUUAAUGUAUUCCACACCGUCAGUUGAAGCAAGCAUCAAUCAAGCGAAAAACUACGUUCCAGAUAAAUGCAGAGGAGAUGGCAAGUUUGACAAACGUGUUGUACUGAACGAAUCAAUGCCUAAUAUACUGCGAAUUCUCAGAGAAUUCGAUGAAUACAAACGUGACGAGCUGUUUGCCAACGAUUGGUAUUGCUGUAACAUUUGCUUUUCACGUAAACAAGGUCGUGACUGUGUCCGAUUCAAUUGCAAUCAUACGAACUGUUUUGAUUGUGUUCGAGAAUAUCUGAAACUGCAAAUCGUUGAAGGUUCCGUUGGUUCCCUCAAAUGUCCUGAGCAUAAGUGCAAUGCAAUGGUGUCACCGCAAAUGGUCAAAAAAAUUGUUGGUGACGAAUUGUUCCGUCGUUACGAUGAGCUGUUGUUAGCUUCAGCAUUGAAUACAAUGAAUGAUAUCGUCUAUUGUCCCCGGAAAUCGUGCCAAAGUCCGGUUGUACCUGAAGCCGACAAUUUAGCUGUGUGUCCAGCGUGCAAUUUUGCAUUUUGUAAAUUUUGUAACUACACCUAUCACGGCUACGAGCCAUGUCGCCUUUUCAAGAAUGAUGAGGAGAGGAAGCAGCUACUGAACCAGUACAACAAUGGAACCGACAGCGAAAAAGAGGCGCUGGAGAAACGGUACGGGAAGGAUAAACUGAGACGCGAAUUGGACACACUGUUGUCGCAAGCGUGGAUCGAAAAUUACAGCAAAGCGUGUCCCAGAUGCAAUGCAAAAAUUGAAAAAAUCGACGGAUGCAAUAAAAUGUUCUGCAACCGCUGUCAGUCCUGCUUCUGCUGGAUUUGUUUGGAGAUAUUGGGUGGGGCCGAUCCAUAUGCCCACUUUCGAAGAGUGGCAUCAAAAUGCUUCAAUAAAUUAUUUGCUGGAAUGAUACCAGACGAUAAUUUAAAUUAUAAUGUGGCUGAGGUAGAGGAUGAAGAUGAAACGGAUGACGAUGGCCUUGAUGAAAUCCGCUUUUAUCCGCCACGAUUUAACUAAAUAAAUUGUUUACAUCAACCACA